GUGAGUGACAAGUAUUUCCAGGAAAAAUUAUUCAAUUAUUAAGAUAGGCGCUAGUUAUCAGAUGCAACUUGCCAGGUGUAGCCAUAUCUUUAAACAUAUACUCUAUUUAUUAUAUUUUAUAUACUUUCUCAAUUAAAUAUGGAUAACUAUUUAACGAACCACGAUAACGAACGAGAGGCGCCAAAAUAUCAGAACACUUAUCGUCUGAAUGCUUACAAUCCUUUUAAAAUAGAUCCAGUGGAUAAGAUUGUAAAGACGAUAAUGAUAUCUAAAUUAGAAGAUAUCUCUUAUAAUGCUGUGGAGUGUCUGAAGCUUUGUGAGUUAGUAGCCACUGAAAUUAGAGAAAAAAUUAAAACCUUGAAAUUCGAUAGAUAUAAAAUCGUAGUCAAUGUGACCAUCAUAGAGAAAGCAAAUCAAUCUAUACAAUCAUCUAUAGGCUUUCUUUGGGACGCUGGUAAAGACAAUUACUCCACAUUUACAUACGGAGCUCGAACUUUUCAUGCCUAUUGUUGUGUAUUUGGUCUUUAUUGUGAAUAAGUGGAACUAUCACCUUCUUAGUAAUUUUUCGCUCUUAUUGCCUACCAAACUACGUACAGUCGGUCUCGAAAAUAUUCGGACACUACCAUAACUUUGACUUCUAUGUUUUAUAUCUGAAACAGAUGAAGAUAAAACAACAAAAAUGUUUUACAAUAUAUAUGUCAGAAUGAAAAAACUUUUGACUUAAAACAAAAAUGAAUUGAACCAUAGAAUUAAUAAAAAGACAACAAUAAACACUAAGGAAAAAUGAUAAAUUCAGUUAAUAGAAUAAUAAAAUACAGCGUCGGUUAUUAAUAAAAGAUAAUCAACAUACUAAACUGCUUAAAACAUGUUAUUGGACAAAAGGGAUGGCACAUAAAAUAUUGAACUUUUAUAAAAGAAUUGUCAUUUUAGUUUCUUUACCUUGAGUUAUAAAGUGUCCGAAUAUUUUCGAGACUGGUUGUAUGUUAAUAUUUAUUCACGACGAAAUUAAAAUUUGAACAAUGUUCUCUUCAUUUUCAUCAGAUCAUACGUUUUCCAUGUGGUAUCGACGUCAAUGAGUGAUAGGUUUUUACCGAUAAGCGGGAAAUAGCAAGAACAUGUAGUAAUAAUAAGAAUCAACUCGUGUAUGCAUACACUGAUUUAAACACACCUUUGUUUAUCUCUACCGAUUGCGUACUCAAGAAAAUUAUUUUCAUAAUUUAUUUAAAGCUAGACACGAUAUCUUUUCUAAUUAUUAUUCGUAAUUGCCAGGUUCAAAUCAUACAAGUAUUUAUCGCAACACUACGAUCAAUAAAAUCAAAGAUUUUCAUUUACCUUGUUGCUGUUAUGGUUUUUAUGAUUCUAUAGUUUAUUGAUAUACGUAUAUCAAUAAUCAGGUGCUUUUUUAAUGUUACGUUUAUCUCGUGCGCUGUUUAUCCAAGGUAAUCUAAUCUAGUUUGAGUAAAAUAAGAUCUUUUAGCUUGAUAUGAAUUAAUAUACAACAAAUUUAACGAUUACAGUUUCUUUUUUGACAAGUAUAUUCGUUAACGAUUAAAAAUGCUAUGCUAUAAAAAUGUUCUGCUUAAUUGAAAUGCAUUCCCUUUUUAGUAUCAGAAUAUUACAGAAAUAAAAGUCAUUGAUCGUAAAUUAUUAAAACAUAAUUAUAACCGUCGAUAAUUGAUGUAAAAGAAAUGCUGUCAAUAUACGUACGUACUAUCAUAAAUUAUUAAUACAAAAUACAAAAUACAUUUAUACGGAUGAUUUUCCAUGACAUACGCA